GCAAGCGACGCUGGUUUCCCAAUAUCCUUUGCGCAGGCUGUCACAAAAUGGCUGCAGAGAAAGAUAGCAAGUCGGUAAGCGGCAUGGAGGAGAAUAAGGAAAACCAGAAACCUGACGAAGGCCUGAGUUUAGAGAUUUUGCAGAUAAUCAAGGAGUCCCAGCAGCAACAUGGUCUUCGCCAUGGAGAUUUUCAGAGAUAUAGGGGCUAUUGUUCCAGACGUCUCCGGCGACUUCGCAAGACCUUGGGUUUCAAGAUGGGAAACCGUUACAAAUUCACUGGCAAGAAAAUAACUGUUGAGAUGCUGACUGAUAACAGGUACCUGCUGUUGGUGCUGAUGGAUGCAGAGCGUGCUUGGAGUUACGCUAUGCAGCUGAAACAAGAGGCCAACACUGAGCCCCGAAAACGCUUCCACCUGCUGUCACGCUUGAGAAAAGCUGUUAAGCAUGGUGAGGAACUGGAGCGCUUGUGCGAGAGUCAGCGUGUGGAUGCCAAAACUAAGCUGGAGGGUCAGGCAUAUACAUCUUACCUAACUGGGAUGCUACAGUUUGAGAUGCAAGAAUGGAAAUCUGCCAUGGAGGCCUUCAAUAAGUGCAAGACAAUCUAUGAGAAGCUGGCAAGUGCCUUUACAGAGGAACAGGCUUCCUUGUAUAGGCAACGUGUAGAAGAGAUCUCUCCAAACAUUCGUUACUGUGCCUAUAACAUUGGUGAUCAAAAUGCUAUCAAUGAUUUGAAGCAGAUGAGGCUGAGUGCUGUAGGGAGUGUGGGCAUUGCAGAAAAACUUGAGAUACUGAUUGCGCAGACUCGUGCAAAGCAGGCUGCCACUAUGAGUGAGGUGGAGUGGAGAGGCCGCACCAUUCCAGUCAAGAUUGAUAAAGUGAGGAUCUUCCUUUUGGGUCUCAGUGACAAUGAAGCUGCUAUUGCUCAGGCUGCCAACGAGGAGACCAAGGAGCGCCUGUAUGAGUCUCUGCUUAGCGAAUGCAGAGACACCAUCCAGACUGUACGCGAAGAGCUGAAGGCAGAAUCGAAACUGCGAGAGAGGGCAUCUGACAAUGACACAGGGAAGGUGUCUAACUUGCAAUACCUUCAUAGCUAUCUGACCUACAUCAAGCUGGGGACUGUUGUUAAACGUUACGAGAGCAUGGCAAGGGUGCUGCAAACCAAACUGCAGGAGCCACAGCAGGAUGAAAAUAAACGAGGCCCUCGGCCCCAGGACUUAAUCCGCCUGUAUGACAUCAUACUGCAGAGCCUUGCUGAGUUGCCGCAGCUCUUGGGAGUGGAGGAUGAUCAAAAUUUUCAGAAAGAAGUAUCACUCAAAAUUCUGGUGUACAAGGCUUGUCGGUGCUUUUUCAUUGCUCAAUCCUAUGUAAUGGUGAAGAAGUGGAGUGAAGCACUGGUUUUGUAUGAGCGAGUUCUAAAGUAUGCCCAGGAAGUUCAGGCCUCCGCUUCAGACAGCACUCUCAAGGACCUUCCAGAUGUACAGGAGCUCAUAUCUAAAGUGAAUGCCGAGAAAUACUCUUUACAAGCUGCUGCCAUUCUGGACACUGAUGAUGCUGCUGAGGUGCCGUUGCUGACACAGGUUAAAGACACAAAGCCCCUGUGUGACCGUCUGGAUGUGUUCCGCCUGGACCCCACCCUACUGGGGAAACAACCUAAUCUUGUGCCAUUUCCACCAGACUUUCAGCCUGUUCCCUGUAAACCGCUCUUUUUUGAUCUGGCCUUGAAUCAUGUCACCUUUCCACCACUUGAUGACAAGGUGGAACAAAAAGGAAAGGGUGGAGUAACUGGCUUCAUCAAGGGCUUCUUUGGCUUUGGAAGCUAAAACCCCAGUGGCCUUUGACCUCCAAGGAUGAUAGAGCAGCUCUUGUGCACUGGAACACUUAUUUCUUUGGACUGAGUGCAGUGCUGAUUCUUUUCCUAUCCAGUUUUUGCCAUCAUGAAUUACCAGACAUGGAAAAUUAAACCACAUUUAACCUU